GAAAAACAAGGCCUAAGUCGCCGUCUAACUCUGCACAACAAAAGAAACUCUUCAUGACACACUGAGUCAUUGCCGAUUUGUAGAACAACCCUGUGUUCUAAUGGAUCUUCAGACUGCAGUAUUCUGCAAAGGUCAAAGCUGCAUCGGCUCCUGAGAUGGAUGGGAGAGAGGUGUAAGGCCAAGAGGAUCAGAUGGUGAGGGGGAGGUGCCGUGGAAAAGCCACGGUCAGAGAGAGGGAAGACGUGAGAAAAAAAAUAAUUUGAAGGCAUUCCGCAGCUCUGGCGCCCUCAUCUUCUGUACCUCACUUAUGCAAGGUGGAACAACAGAUAUUGUCAACGAAGAUUGCCUCUCUGAGAGAAGAAAACUGGAGAAGGAUCCAGAGCAGCAGGAGGAAGAGGACAUUUGACAGAUAAAAAGAGGGAGCUCUGCAGCAGGAUCCCCACUGUGCUCAGCACAGAACUGCGUGACUGGUCUCUGCAAGCAGAGGGAGGAGAGAGGAGGGAAGGGAGGAAGGUAGGAAAGACAGAAGGGGGAGGGGAGGCGAUUCAGUGCAGUGCUAGUUGACUGGAUGAGUAGCAGCCGCGGCACAGGCAGCAGCAUCAGCACCACUAGCCGUAGCAUCUUUCUUUGUGGCUGCUGGAGGCUGUCUUGUGGCUGCUGUAGCAUCAACAUUAUCCACGCACAGACAUCCGGAGCCAGACGUUCCCACCGCUCGCCUUCUGCACUCAUGUCGUGGUGGCCGCCAGAGAGGAGGUAGUAAGUGACGGGGCUUGGGGGACAGAGGGGCACAGGAAGAGGAAGCAGGGACGACCUGUGGUAGGGCUGGAGCAACGGCGACUGGAGCGGCAGCAACAGUAGCAGCGGCACCAUGGCGCAAGCCGCCAAGCAGCUCCGCAAGACCAAGGACCUCGCAGAGGCCGCCGCCCAAGAGCAGAGGGAGAAGGAGGAGGAAAAGAUAAAAAAGAGGAAUCGAUCCAGAGACCGCAGGCGCAAGGCCGAUGCAGCCACCAGCUUUCUGCGUGCAGCUCGUUCAGGGAACCUGGACAAAGCUCUGGAUCACAUCAAGAAUGGAAUAGACAUCAACACAGCUAAUCAAAAUGGUCUUAACGGGUUACACCUGGCCUCUAAAGAAGGUCACGUCAAAAUGGUGUUGGAGCUCCUCCAUGCCGGCAUCGAGCUGGAAGCGACCACGAAGAAAGGGAACACUGCUCUCCAUAUCGCAGCGCUGGCCGGGCAGGAGAAAGUGGUGGCUGAGCUCGUCAACUACGGUGCCAACGUUAAUGCCCAGUCACAUAAAGGCUUCAGUCCUCUCUACAUGGCAGCACAAGAGAACCAUCUAGAAGUGGUGAAGUUCCUGCUGGAGAACGGUGCCAAUCAGAGCCUCCCGACCGAGGACGGCUUCACUCCCCUUGCUGUAGCCCUCCAGCAGGGCCACGAGAACGUCGUGGCGCUGCUCAUCAACUACGGCACCAAAGGAAAGGUCCGCCUCCCCGCCCUGCACAUCGCUGCCCGAAACGACGACACCCGAACCGCCGCAGUCCUCCUGCAGAACGACCCCAACCCCGAUGUACUCAGCAAGACUGGUUUCACACCUCUACAUAUUGCAGCUCACUAUGAGAACAUGAGCGUAGCCCAGCUGCUGCUGAACAGAGGAGCCAAUGUAAACUUCACACCUAAGAAUGGCAUCACGCCCCUUCAUAUAGCCUCCAGGAGGGGCAAUGUGAUGAUGGUCAGACUACUGCUGGACAGAGGAGCACAGAUCGAUGCCAAAACUAAGGAUGAGCUGACUCCUCUCCACUGUGCAGCCAGGAAUGGUCACGUUCGCAUCAUCGAGAUCCUGCUGGAACACGGUGCUCCCAUCCAGGCGAAAACCAAGAAUGGUCUGUCCCCCAUUCACAUGGCAGCUCAGGGGGAUCACAUGGACUGUGUCAGGCAGCUACUGCAAUACAACGCUGAGAUCGAUGACAUCACCCUGGACCAUUUAACCCCUCUUCAUGUAGCAGCCCACUGUGGUCACCAUCGCAUGGCCAAAGUUCUACUGGACAAAGGGGCCAAAGCCAACGCACGAGCUCUGAAUGGCUUCACACCUCUCCAUAUCGCUUGCAAGAAGAACCACAUGCGGUCCAUGGACCUGCUGCUGAAGCACUCCGCUUCCUUAGAAGCUGUCACAGAGUCUGGUCUCACUCCUCUUCAUGUAGCGUCAUUCAUGGGCCACCUGAACAUAGUGAAGAACCUGCUCCAAAGAGGGGCUUCACCUAAUGCUUCCAAUGUGAAAGUGGAGACUCCCCUCCAUAUGGCCUCCAGAGCGGGACACUGUGAAGUCGCUCAGUUCCUGCUGCAGAACGCGGCACAGGUGGAUGCCAAGGCAAAGGACGACCAGACCCCCCUACACUGUGCGGCCCGUAUGGGUCACAAGGAGCUCGUCAAGCUGCUCCUGGAGCACAAGGCCAGCCCCGACUCGGCCACGACUGCAGGGCACACGCCCUUACACAUCGCAGCACGGGAAGGACACGUCCACACUAUUAGAAUAUUGUUGGACGCCGGAGCACAGCAGAUAAAGAUGACGAAGAAAGGUUUCACUCCCCUUCACGUGGCCUCUAAGUAUGGAAAGGUGGACGUGGCAGAACUCCUUCUGGAGAGAGGAGCCAACCCAAAUGCAGCCGGGAAGAACGGUCUGACACCCCUUCAUGUGGCCGUCCAUCACAACAACCUGGAUGUUGUUAAACUCCUGGUCAGCAAGGGAGGAUCUGCACACAGCACUGCCCGAAACGGCUACACUCCCCUGCACAUAGCGGCCAAGCAGAACCAGAUGGAGGUGGCCAGUUGUCUGCUUCAGAACGGGGCAUCGCCCAAUUCUGAGUCCCUGCAAGGCAUCACGCCCCUGCACCUGGCUUCACAGGAGGGGAGGCCCGACAUGGUGGCGCUGCUCAUCUCCAAACAGGCCAACGUCAACCUGGGAAACAAGAACGGACUGACUCCUCUGCAUCUUGUGGCUCAGGAGGGUCACGUGGGCAUCGCCGACACGUUGGUCAAACAGGGAGCCUCCGUUUACGCUGCUUCACGGAUGGGCUACACACCCCUUCAUGUGGCCUGUCACUAUGGCAACAUCAAGAUGGUGAAGUUCCUUCUGCAGCAGCAGGCUCAUGUGAACAGCAAGACGAGGAUGGGCUACACCCCUCUGCACCAGGCGGCUCAGCAGGGCCACACCGACAUCGUCACCCUGCUGCUGAAACAUGGAGCCCUGCCCAAUGAGAUUACUUCGAACGGGACCUCUCCUCUGGGCAUCGCUAAGCGGCUGGGCUACAUCUCUGUCAUUGACGUGCUGAAGCUGGUUACCGAGGAGUCCGUCUCCGCGAUCACCACAGAGAAACAUCGGAUGAGUUUUCCCGAGACGGUGGACGAGAUUUUGGAUGUUUCCGAGGAUGAAGGGGUUGCCCAGCUAACGUUAGGAGACGAGCUUCUCGGUAUGGACGGAGCGCGGUAUUUGAAGCUGGAUGACUUCAAGGACCAGGACGAUGACUUUCUCUCCCCAAAGAAGACCCUCAGAGACUUUGAGGGGGGCGUCGGUACAACGCCAUAUUCUCCCGCUAUUCCCAGGAUCCCCUGUGUGUCACCGGAGACAGUUCUGCUGGAUCAGCACACCCCCAUUCCUCUGCCAAAGGAGUACGACGAGGACUCUCUCAUCCCGAGCAGUCCCGCUACGGAGACUUCAGACAACGUCAGCCCUGUAGCCAGCCCUAUCCACACCGGCUUCCUGGUGAGCUUCAUGGUGGACGCCCGAGGAGGCUCCAUGCGAGGCAGCAGACAUCACGGCCUGCGAGUCAUCAUCCCUCCUCGAACCUGCGCCGCUCCGACUCGCAUCACCUGCCGCCUCGUCAAACCCCAGAAACUGACCACGCCUCCUCCGCUGGUGGAGGGGGAGGGCCUCGCCAGCCGGAUCAUCUCACUGGGGCCGUCCAGUAUGCAGUUCCUUGGACCGGUGAUCGUAGAAAUCCCUCACUUUGCCUCACUGGGUCACGGCGACCGGGAGCUCGUGGUCCUCCGCAGUGAAAACGGAUCGGUCUGGAAGGAACACCGCAAUCGCUAUGGCGACGAGGUGCUGGAAACUAUCCUGAACGGCAUGGAUGAAGACUUGGAGAGUCAAGAGGAGCUGGAGAAGAAGAGAAUCCGUCGAAUCAUCUCCACCGACUUCCCCCUCUACUUCGCCGUCGUCUCCCGCAUCCAGCAGGAGAGCGACCUCAUCGGUCCGGAGGGCGGCCGACUCACCAGCAAGCUGGUGCCCCACGUCGAGGCCAUUUUCCCCGAAACUGCCGUCACCAAGAGAGUGAGGCUGGGGCUGCAGGCGCAACCAAUCCCCGACGAGCUGCUGACCAGGCAGCUCGGUAACCAGGCGACCUUCAGCCCGGUGGUUACCAUCGAACCACGCCGACGCAAGUUUCACCGUCCAAUCGGACUGCGGAUUCCUUUACCGCCGUCCUGGAGGGAGAGUCCUCGAGAUGCUGGCGAGGGCGAUACUACCAGCCUGCGCCUCCUCUGCAGUGUCAUUGGUGGUACAGCACCAGCUCAGUGGGAAGACAUCACUGGAACCACCAAGCUGAUGUACGCCAACAACUGUGCCAAUUUUACCACCAAUGUGUCUGCAAGGUUCUGGCUGGCAGAUUGCCCGCGUACAGCAGAGGCAGUCACCUUCGCCAACUUGCUCUACCGGGAGCUAAUGGCCGUCCCGUACAUGGCUAAGUUUGUUAUUUUCGCCAAGAUGAAUGAAGCGCGUGAGGGACGCUUGCGCUGUUACUGCAUGACAGACGACAAGAUGGACAAAACUCUGGAACUGCAUGAAAACUUCAGUGAAGUGGCCCGCAGUCGAGACAUUGAGCUGAUGGAGGGCAUGCCGCUGCACCUGGAGUGUUCUGGGAACCUGGUGCCCAUCCGGAAGGCCACUCAGCAGCCUCGGAGCUUCAGCUUCCAGGCCUUCAGAGAUAACAGAUUGCCCGUCUCUGUCAAGGUCAGAGAUAGCAACAAGGAUGCUACCGGGUUUUUGUCCUUUCUGCGGAAGUGCACCAAAUACGAGGACACACAGCACGUCCUGUGUAACCUGAACAUAACCAUGCCACCUUGUGUCAAGGUUGUUGGAAGUGAGGAGCGCAGACGGACAUUAACCCCUCUCGCCCUGAGGGAGCGCUACAGUGCGCUGAACGAGCCUGGCGUGGCCACAGUGAACGCCAUGGAGAGGACUGAGAUCAAAAUCAACAUCAUAUCUGAGCAGCUGGGUUUGAGCUGGGCAGAGUUGGCACGGGAGCUUCAGUUCGGCGUGGACGACAUCAACAGAAUCCGUGUGGAGAAUCCAAACUCACUGCUGGACCAGAGCUCUGCCCUGCUCAACCUGUGGGCCAGCAGAGAAGGCAAAAGGGCCAAGAUGGAGAGUCUGUACACCGCUCUGAAGAACAUUGAUCGUGCCGACAUCGUUACGUCUCUGGAGGGUCCCGGUCCACCGCCGACAGCCAGCUCUUCAGAGGAGGGCGCCUGCAGACUGGGCGACCGCGACUCCUCGUUGUUGUCCCCCAGCGUCAUUAAUGGUUACGGGCUGGUGCAGGAGGAGCUUCUGUCCCCGGCCUCCAUGCAGUACAGCUUGCCCUCUCCGCUGGGCGUGGAGCCCUACUGGCAGGAGGUCUCCAGCCUGGAGUGCGCCCCCAUCGCCACCACGGAGGAGGACACUCUGAUGGAGAUGUCGGACGUCCAGGUGUGGCCGGCGGUCAGCCCCUCGCUGGUCACGGUGGAGGACUCGUCGCUGGAGGGCAGCAGCCGCGCCGACGACUCGGAGGGCGCCACGCUGUCUUUGCCCUGCAGCUUGGGCCGCCCGAGCAGCGGAGCCAGCGGGGCCAGCGGGUCCAUCAUGGAGCUGGAGGAGGAGGAGGAGGAGGAGGAGGAGGAAGGGGAGGUUGAGGAGGAGGAGGCGCCACCGGAGCCGGCGAGUGCUCUGGCGGAGAGGGACAGGGUGAGGGCCAGUGGCGCCGUUCCCAAGGUCAAUCUGAACGGCCAGCUGGGAGGUCAGAGGUCGGACGCGAGGAGAGCGGAGGCGGUGGGAGGAGGAAGUAGAGGAGGAGGAGGAGGAGGAGGAGGUGUAGGGCCGGGCUCAGUGGAGGGGAUUUCUGUUGUUGCAGGCCAGCAGGUGUACGCCCAGCGGUGUGACGUGAUGGGACUGAGCCGGGCUUCAGAGCACAACGGAGACAACCGCGUUGUGGGAGGCGGAGCGUUCCAACCCUACCUACCGGACAAAGACUCCCUGCAGGGCUGGGUGGGCUCGGUGUCGUCGGGACGUGACGGCGGCGUGCCGGGCUUACACGUGGCCCAGGAGGCCCUGCUGACUCCGGUGUGUGACACGGGUUACUCUCAUGUGCUGCGUGGGCGCCUCCUGCAGGGCACGCAGCCGUUUGACAAGGGGCUGGGCUUCUCCCAUCAGGAGGCGGGCCAGCGAGCUUGGGAGCAGGAGCAGAGGCGGGGACAGAGAGAGGAGAAGGAGGAUUUUGCUGCCGGGGCUCAGUUUGUCGAGGAACACGGAAGCGUUCUGGCUAGAAAGGUGGGGGUGGAUGUGAGAAAGGGCGCUCAGUCAGUGCAGCGCUCCAGUCUGCGGAGGGUUAAACACUGAAAUACACAAUACUGCCCAGUCCUCCAGGACCGGAAAGCCACUGCCAAACCAUCCUCCACAAAAACACGACCGGAGCGCAGAGGAAAAUGAGCAGGGAGCGGGAAAAAAAGACAAGGACAACGAUGUGCAAACUCUAAAAUGACAAACAGAACCAUCCUCAACCCCGUGACCAUGGAGCACCACAAAACAAAAGAAGAGGAGGAAAAAAAAAACAACAAAAAGAGUUCAACUUGUAGUUUUAUAAUCUUUGUAAAGAAAAAUAUCAACUAGACUAAGGCAUGACGGUUCUUUUCUUUUUAUAAAAAACAUAAAUGUUAGUAAAACAACUAAGAAAAAAAAAGCAACAAAGUGCUUCCUGUGAACUGUAAUCGCAUGAUGACUGCUGGUGCAUGCCCUUUGACCUGUUGAACUGUCAUUAUCUACAAACUGAAGGGGUACGAGGUGCGGGGCUGGCCCAUGUGUGGGUCGCGGGCCUUUUUAAGGACCUUUUUUCUCCCCAGCUGGAGCGGUUUGUGUCGGCGAGUUGAGUCCAAUAACACUACAGCCAAAAAAAGUCCCUCAUUGGAUGGUUCUGUACAGCUGCUGAGCCUCCCUCCCCUCCUAUUCUCAGUGUGAUAUAUGCACUCUAUGCUACGUGGACGUGUGUCGGUGUGUGUAUGUGUGCGUGUAUUCUUCUCUACCGCAUGUGUUUCUUGCUUCUGGCUUGGCGCUGAGCCCUGCCCCAUGAUUGGCUUGCUGUCCCUGUGAUGUCACGGCGUGCUCAGCGCUGGAAUGAGCUCGUGAGUUCUUCGUCUGCGUGUGCCUACGUCUCCUUUCUUUCGGCUUCUCUGUUUCUUUGGAACUUGUUUCGGCCCGGUUUGACCCCGGUGGAGAGCCGAGGCUCCGCCGCUCCUCGUGGUUUCCGGGGAAACGUGGUUUCUGGACGGUGGGAAUGUUUUCUUUGGAAAUACGGCGGAUUGCUUGAUCGCAUUGUGCAGCAGCUCUACAGCGCAAAGCUUGACCUUUUCCUCUCUUGUGACCUUUUCUGCGUUCUUCCAUCGUUUCUCCCGGUAGCGUAUGUCGCCUCAGUAGCCUCCGUCCAUAUGCAGUACUACCACAUCCUCUCAUCAGCAUCCGUAGGUCCUCCAUCCAGCGUUUCAGACUUUCUGUUGGAUCUUUUUGUGCUCCCUCUUCUAUCUGCUUGCAACGGCUGCAGCGCCUCACUGUCGAACUUUGGGUCAUUCAUUGGAGAGCGGAGACGACGUAGAAGAUGUGAUCCAUGUGAGGAUUUGACAUGUGACUGUGAAGGAAGCGUGCAGCGAGGACAGACAGGUAGCACUGUGAUUGUCUUAUCAACACGGACCCCAGACUCGUGAACCGUCGACACACCUUCAUGCAAACUACAAGCGAAACCCACACACACUUCUACAUAAAGAGCACAUAUCCAGAAACACACACACAUCUCCUGCCUGGUCGGAGCGUCGGACAGUUUGCCACAGCAAUAAUUCCUAACAAGAGCAAGAGAUGGAAGCCGGGGUUCAGGCGUGUGAGGAUGUGAAAGGACUGAACUCCUCAGUGAACACAAAAGCUCCGUCUGGACGAGCAGCGUUUGGCGUCGCAGCUGCUUCCGUCGACCUCGAAGCGAACGAGCCGGAAAGGACGUGGUGACGCAGGAUCAGAUGACUCAGCUGUAGCAGUUUGGGACCGUGGAGGCCUCAGAGGGUUGUUUGUGUUUCAGCACUUAACGUAGCAAAACCUAAACCAGGAUACGUUGGUUUCUUUCUCUGAGUUUGCUGCUGCCGUGAGGUGGAAUCCACCCGACUCCUCUUCAUUUCUGAGUAGUUUAAGUUGAUGUUUGUCACACACUGGCAUCUCUUUAUGCAGAAACCUGACGGCAGCGCUGUGACGGGGUUAAAUCAUAGUAGCACACAUUUCCUGAGAAUCACCGUUUAUCCCAUAAGUACUGUAAACGCUCCUGUAGCCUGAAUGACCGAGACACCGAGUGAAUGAAUGAACACUUUAGUUAGACGUCACUGAUGCACACGUUUUCCAUGCCCUGUCCGUGCAUGAGAAGCUCAUCCGAUAUAUAGCACAUGUUUUUGAACAUAUCACGUUUUCCACUGUUCCUCCACUCAGGUUUUCAGUUCUGCUGCGUCAGAAACAAAAUGUUUUUAAGUUCCGAGUCCUCCUCUGGAAGACGAGCGUGGUGCACGAUGGGAGCGUUUCAGAGGAAAACUUUGGGGUGGGAUUGUUUAUUUUGUUUGUUUGUUUUUUUUGGUGGAUGCAUGAAGCUGGGCGGUUUGUGUGUGAGAAUGGGUGUGUGCGUGGGUUCGUUAUUUGAUCGACCAAAAAGCAAAGAGAGCGUCGAUCCUCCUGCAGCCUCCUCUCUGUGUUCAUCCAAAUUAAUUUUUAAUGCCAGACAGUCUAAACCAGUUCAACAAAUUAAUGUCAGGGUUUUAUUUGAGAAAACGCCUCAAAACACCUACCAAAAGACAAACAAGAUGCCCACUCUGUAUUUACUCAGCUUUCCAGCUUUUGGAUAACGUAGGAGUGUGACUCCCACCGUGAUUUAAGUUGGUCAUUAUGUUGAGGAACGGCUGGAUUCAGGCAUUUUCCACAAAAUGCGUUCCUUAAUCCUGUGUUGAAGUUAUAAUCCUUAAGAUUUGCGUUGUGUAAAUCCUCAUUUCAAUGCUGUUUCCGGUCAAUCGUGUAGCGUCGCAGAGAUUCUGUAAUCGUGUCUCUGUGUCAUAGUGGUGGGGGUUUAAAUUACGUAGCAUGAAAAAACUAGAAAUUCUCCAUCUUAGUUCAGGUUCUACAUUCAGUCCAGUUUGAUCUCCAGUGACCAGUAAAAUCACAGCAUAAUAAUAUAUAAAUAACCACAACUCCACAUGGUUCCUUUGUUUUAGUGAAAAAAGUACAUUCUGAAAACUUCACAUUUACAGAUUUUUUUUUACAAAGUAUUAUGAACAACCUGAAAUUUCUGAGGCAAAAUAAAUUCAAUUUUAAAUCAAAAUGACAAAAGUCAGAAAAAAAGACAAAAACAAACAAAAACAAGACAAACAAAAUGAGAUGCAAAAUGACAAAAAUGAGACACAAAAAAGAGACAAAAAAUUAGACAAAACACAAGGAACAAAACAAAAACAGACAAAAAAUAAAACAAAAAAAUACAAAGGGACAAACAGAUGGACAAAAAUGAGACAAAAAACAGAAGUGAGACAAAAAGGAAACACAAAACGACAAAAACAAGGAACAAAAUGACAAAAAUAUGAGACAAACGACAAAAGUCAGACAAAAUAUUAGAAAAAUUAGACACAAAACAACAAAAAAACAAUCUAAGAUUUUACUUUAUGAUCAAAAUGAUUUUAAAUUUAUAGUUUUACUAAUUUACAGUCUGCAGUUAAUGUCUUCUCUGUAAUUUUUACACUUUGAGGGCCGGAUUGGACCCUCUGGAGGACCACUUUUGGACCACGGGCCUCAUGUUGGACACCCCUGGUGUAGAUGGUAAUUUACUGGUAACACAAAAAUUGUUUUGUUUCUUGAGUUUGGAGUAAAAUCUUAAGGAUCAUAACUUUGACUUUAGUAGAUCUUUCCUUGUUAAAUAAUCAAAUGUAAACUACAGUAAAUGAAAUGGAAUAAGUAGCUUUAUGUUCUGCGAACCUGUUUCCACUCUGAGUCGAACAUAAUUUUGGAUUUUCUGUGUGAAUGAAACCAGUCGGUGAUGCUGAUGAAUUCACCUCCACCGUGUGUGUGUGUGUGUGUGUGUGUGUGUGUGUGUGUGUGUGUGUGUGUGUGUGUGUGUGUGUGUGUGUGUGUGUGUGUGUGUGUGUGUGUGUGUGUGUGUGUGUGACGAUGACGAUGAUGCUUGGUUCUAAAACCUCCUCGGAUCAGAGGGUAGAAGAGAGCAUUUGACUUGAGAGGACGCGUAACCUGCGACGAUGUAUUUAAAAAAAAAAGAGUAUUGUAAAAUUUUAACUGUUGCGAAGACUAGAGCUCACCUAUACUCCUUUAGAAUGGAUACAUGACGAUGUAAACGCAAUAUCAUAUUACUCUAUCCUAAGGAAUGCAACUGCGCACAUGCACAAAAAAGAUGUUUUUAUGAAAAUAUAUGUAUAAAUAUAUGACAAAAUAUAUUUAAUUAGAAUGCUAUGCACCCUCAUAGAGUUGUUAUGGAUGUUCUUUAAGCAUUAUCUAGACUAGGCCGACGCCCACAUCAUGGGGAAUGUAGAGGCUUUGUAGCUAUGACCACUUGUUUUUUUUUCUUUUGUAUUGUCCUGGAGAGAGGAUAAACAAUCGUGAAUAUGUAUACAAGCCUUUCAAUCAGAGUCGUUCUGACAUGAAGAUAUGUAUAGAUCAUCUUACCCUGUACACCAGCUCAGACCAUUUACAAGAAUUAAUAAACAAAGAUGUGACAGAAA